GACUCAUGGAGGUGCUCACUCCGGAUGAAAUUUAAAAACCAACGGCGGACGCUAUGCAACGACACUCGCGUUGCUGAGAAUCGCAGAAAGUUUGCUACAUCUCGCAAACCAGAUGACCACUCUGCAGCGGAUGAAUUGAAGCGGCACAAGAAGCGCAAGAUGGACAUUGACAUCAGCGGUCUAGAUGGGGAGGACGAGAAUAGCCUCGCAAAACACGAGGAAUGGCUGCGGGCUGAGGCAUUCAAUGCUGCACCAGAUGAGAAAAUGAUUCACCACAGAAUGAACUUGACCGCCAAAAGAAGGCUCCUUGAGGUGGCAGACAUGAGCAUUGGGAGCGCUACACGCAAAUAUCCACAUCUGAUGGACUUUAAACGAUUUGCUUCAGACUUCCAAAGAUUGACCGGAGUAAAUGGAAAAGUAAAAUCAAGCUUGGAAUCGAUAUAUCUCUUUGCUGUUGCUGUGCUCAAGAUUAUUUCAUCUGAUGUCAAGGAAAAAACAGCAAUGUCUUCGCUGUUUGUACAUGAAGAUGACGAGAGGAUGCCGCUGACGCCAUGCGUGGUCUACUGCGGCCCCAGCUUGGAGCAAGCAGAGUUCCUACACCUGCACGUCGACAACCGAAACAUCUUCCGCGUCAGUAAUGCCGAAGAAGGAGUGAUAGCACUGAUGAGUGCAUUUUUUAUUUUUAACAUUGUGUACGGGCGCAAGCCGUUCAAUACUACCACCUUGCUAGAGCGGCUAUUUCUUGGCAUGAGCAACACUUCACCGAGACCUGUUGCUACGAAAUUCGCGAACAAAAUUGUUCAGGCAAUUCGACGCUGA